CACUAAAAUUCAAACAAACAUAACCAAAAUAACCUCUAUACAGUAAACGUGAUAAUUUUUUAGAGCUGACUGCUGAUCCAAUUAUACUUGACUUGAAAAAUAUUUAUUUUACCGAGUGAUCGGAAAAACUAACUUAUUAAAACAUGACUGGCUACGAGGUUCGACAUUCAAAUGCUAAAAAGGGAAAGGGUUUAUAUGCAACCAAACCUUACAAUAUAGGAGAUGUAAUAUUAGAAGAGGAUCCUUUGGUGUCAUGUCAAUUUGCGUGGAACGCUGCGUACGGGUAUCUGGCUUGUGAUCAUUGUAUGAGAGCUCUUGAGACACCAGAACAAAAUGUUAGAAGGCUAGCUGUAAAACCAGACAUAGCAUUACCACAUUCAGAUAAUUUUGAAGAACCCCUUAUCGGUAUAACCAGGUGUAAUGCCUGCGGUGUGCCGUACUGUUCUGAUAGAUGUAGGGGAAAUGCUAGUGUCAGUUAUCAUAGAUCAUUGUGCUAUGAUCAAUCUGAUGCUAGGCAUCCCAUACAUAUCUUGCUAGAAGCUUGGAAACAACUGCAUUACCCACCUGAAACAACAAGUAUCAUGCUAUUGGUUAGAAUAUUAGCAUACAUUAAACAACAUCCAGAUCCAGCAAUGGCUGCUUCCAACAUCAAACAGUUUUGCCAUAGAACUAUUAAUGAAGAUGCUGAUUUGAUGCACAAAUUGCUUGGUGAUCAGUUUAAAGAUCAGCUCCAUACUUUAAGAGAUUUGACAGCAAAUGUAAUUAGUGGAGAUUAUAUUGAUGAGUUUCUUUCACCUGAAGGAUUUUGUACCCUUAUGGCUCUAGUUGGUACCAAUGGCCAGGGAAUAGGUACUAGUCCUCUUGCACAGUGGGUACAUUAUGUUUCUGAGUUGGCCAUGUCUGAUGAUGAGAGGCAACAAAUAGAUCUAUUUAUUGACAGGUUAUAUAAGGAUAUUGAAAAUGAAGCUGGACACUUUCUCAACAAUGAAGGUUCCGGCCUUUAUCAGUUGCAGAGUGCAAGUAACCAUAGCUGUUCCCCUAACGCAGAGUCUACUUUUCCUUAUGGGGAUCAUCGGAUACAAUUAAUUGCACUGAAAACAAUAAUGCCUGGAGAAGAGAUUUGUAUCAGCUAUUUAGAUGAAUGCUCUUUACAGCGCUCAAGGCAUUCUAGACAAAAGGAGUUAGCCGAGAACUAUCUGUUCAUAUGUGGUUGCGAGAAGUGCUUAUCUGAGAGCACUCAGCCGGACGUGACAAGUGAAGAGGAGAUGAGUGAAGAAGAGAUUGACUCGGAUGCCUGAUGCUCUAACUUGCUGGCAUUCUGUUUGCUAGGACUGUGAAUCAGUGAUUAGUGCUCCAAUGCGGAAUUAUUAAUAUUUUAAUAAAAAUACUAAUAGCAGUCUAUACAAAUAAUAAAAAACAUUUGAGUGUCACCUUAAUAAAAGAUAUAUUGAACUGUUAUCUAGUUCCUUCCUUACUUCCCUAUUUUAUCUAAUAGAGUCCGGGCAGAUGUUGCAGUCAAUAAUCCUGACUGAACUGAGCAACUGGGUUGGGACUGAAGAGAAAUCCUGUGCAUCGAUAGAAUAAGUUAAGUUUAAGUAUAACAGAUUUGUAUAAAAUAUUGUCUAAAUGCAUUUUAAAUGCGGACAUUUUUUAAAUGUUUAACAAUCGCUAGUGUAUUUCAUACGGCCUAACAUGUAGAUUUAGUAAGUCGUUAAAGUUUUCAUUGUUUCUAUAUUAUGCUAGUAUAUGCGCGAACUAAUUUAUUAUAGCUCAUAGCUCAGAUACAAAUUGUGUAUGAUAUAAGGUACAGUGUAUCCUGUCUGUAUCGUAGGGUAGAAGAUCUUGUGUCAUAAGAUACCUGAAUAUCCCCACUUUUAUGUUUUCCAUACAACGAGCAUUCGUUACUUUUCUGUCACGGUCAGUUAUCGAUUUUACGUAUUGGUUGAGAUAAGAUAUGAAAGAUUCUUCCAAAAAGAAGAAAAAAUCAAAUGAAUAAUAUAAAAAAUAUUUUGCCCAAUUUAGCUAACACUCGUCUGUAAGUGUUAAGUGUCCAUGGGCGGCGGUAACAUCAGGUGAGUCUCCUGCCCGUUUGCCCCCUGUUCUAUAAAAAAAAAAGUUUAAGCGUGCGUGCGUUUGCACGUGUACGUAAAUGUUCGUGUAAUAUUGUCUUUAGUCUCCGUAAAUUGUUUUAGAUCUCAGUCUUCAUAUUUUCUUUAUCGUAGAAAAAGGUGAGAAAUAGGAAUAAGUGUUAAAAAAAUUAAAACUCGGCUAAAUCUGUAUUAGGAGAUAAUAUUUAGAUUUAGUUAGAUGUGAUAAUCAAGGCCUAAAUGUAUGUUUUAUAGUGAAUAAAAGAUUACCUUUA